AGGAAAAGAGGAAGAGGGUUCGAUUUGGCCAUUGAUGCGGGGGAGAGUUCUUGAGCUGUUUGGGGAUGAAAUAGGUAGUUUAAGGCGGGAACGAAAGACGAGUUCUGAUGAGCUGCAGGAACAAAUGUUUUCAAUCAUGAACUAACCUUAACCAAUUCGAUGUGACCCACGUUCACGAUUCAGUUGGGCUCAACCGUCUUUGUCAAAAGAUCAGCUUCGUUUAUGACUUGGAAACAAAGCGGAGCACCGCGAAACCUUACCCUAAAGAAUGACGAGAAAUGGCGGCCUCCUGCACCGCUGCUGCGGCCCCGUUCGCCACCGACCUCCGCACCCGCUCCAUCUGCCUCUGCCCGUUGGAGCUCUCGGCUGUCGCGACGCCUCGCUUCUCGCCGCUUCGCCGCCUCGCCGCCUCGCCACCAAUCGAUGCUGGGCCGCGGUAUCACCGCGGUCCCUCAGCGCCGACUUCUUCCUCGGGUAGAGGCAAAAAAGCAAACCUACUCUUCCUUUGAUGAAUUGUUGGAAAAAUGUGAUAAGCCUUUACUGGUCGACUUCUAUGCAACAUGGUGUGGUCCUUGCCAAUUCAUGGUGCCUGUUCUAGAAGAAGUGAGUGAAAAAUUGAAAGACAGAAUCCAAGUGAUCAAAAUUGAUACAGAAAAGUACACUAACAUAGCAAAUUGCUACCAAAUUGAGGCGUUGCCUACAUUCAUCAUUUUCAGAGAUGGAAAGCCAUAUGAUCGCUUUAAAGCUUUCAUUCACAAUGACAUCGGCUACGCAUCUUGUUGUGACAACCUUUUGGUUAAUUUUCAUGAAGGAGCUAUGCCUGCUCAUCAGCUUAUCCAAUGCAUUGAGGCUGCUCUGAAAGUCAAACAGUAGCUUUAAAGUCUGAAUUGGUUGAUUUUGUAAGUAUCAGAACUAGACUAGAGAUCAGUUAAGAGUUAUUCCAGUGGUGGAGUCUAUAUGCCAGGAAAAAUGGACCUACAUAACCCCAUCUACUAUUCCAAUUGAAGUUGUAAUCUUGAGCUCGUAUGUGAUCAAACUUAUUUAAAAAGAUUUGGAAGUCCUACGCUUGGCUCUGUGUCUUCCCAUCCAAUACCUUAUGCACUCUUUGAGACUAUAUGUGAUGCUUUUUAUUGGUUUUCAUCAAUGACACCAACAAGAAAUAUAUUGAAUUUCAAAGAAAGUACUUACAAUGACAUACAAAUCUAUUGCUUUGGAAAUGUUUUGCCAGCUUUUAUAUUAUAUAUGAUGACCAGUUUUAGUUCUCAGUUAUAUUCAGCAAUGCUAAAGUUCAGUAUAGAAGGUUACCAGAAUCUCUGCAUCUUUAUCCUGAUGUAUUCACUGGACUCUUUUAAUGUUUAGAGGGUUUAUAUAAUGGCAUCUUUAUAGUGAUUCCACUGGACUGGGAGAAAGAAGGAAGAAGCUUUGUAAUGGGCAUACUGCAAUGGCAUAUAGUUUGGGAAGAAUCUAAUUGUGGACCAUGUCUCAUAACUAAAAAGAAUUUACAUAUUCAAAUAAAAUGCCACCGUGGCCCUGUUGCUGCCUAUGCAAAUAACUCUCUUGAAACUUGUCCUCAUGGUCCUGGGAAACAGGAAGAGUUUGUCAGAUGAAAGUGGUUCCAUUGUGGAGUGGAGGCAAUGAAGGACAAGUUAUUGAGCAUUGUCCUAAGUAACUCCCUGGUGAUGCAGUACCCCUUUAAGUGCCAGAUGGUUUCAUCUUCUUGUUCAACUAUCAAUUCUAAAUGCAUGUCUAAUGCCGCUGGUUCGAGAUAGUCUUCCUGGUCUUAAGAACUUUUUCUUCUGACAUACUAGGUUUGAUCUGUUGGAUUGAGGGUGGCAUCAGAUGAGGUAACUAUCUACUCUUAGAAAUAAGAUCUUGUGAGUUAAGUCUCUGGUUCCUUAUUUUGCUCUCAAGUGUUCUUCUUUCACGGAAGCUUUUUUAUUUCUCUCUAUGCUCAUUAGUGGAGCAUGUUCAGCUAAAUGGGUUUGACAAUUCUUAAUGCUGCUUCUCUUCUGGUUUUUGUUUCCUCAAAAUCAUUAUUUUCUGGAAUCUUAUCUAUUGACUAUUUGGCCCAAACCUGCAACACCCUGAGGUAUGAUAGGCAGUUAUUUUCAGUCAUGUCACUGUUACAUGAGACUUUUGAAUUUAGGUUUCAGUUUAAGUUUUUAUCAAGCAACCGUUAUGCAGAAUUUAACUUUUCUUUAUUAGUUGUUUCUGCUGAUUGAUUUGAAUAUCUAUACAAAAAUUAGUAUGUUGUAGAAUAAUUAAAUUCACUCUAUAGAAUAAUUUGAUUUAAGAUAUAAUGAUAUGAGCUUAUGAAAUUUAUUAAUUAUUAGUAUGCUAAUCAUGAUUCAAAAUUUAAAAAAUUAAGAUAACAUUAUAAAUCAUGCAUCAUGAUCUUAAAAAUAUAGCAUUAUUUUUAUAUUUAAAAUUCAUUGAUUAUUGUUUACUAAACAUUAUUUAGAAUUUAAGCUAGUUAAAAGGAUAUCAUCAUACAUCAUGAUUGUUGAUAAUAUAACAUUUUUAAUAUCCAAAAUUUUUAGAAAAUUUCAACAACUAAAAUAUAAAUCAUAAUUUUUAAUUAAAGAGAAGGUAGAGGAUCUACGUUUCAUGGUCCUUUCUAUUAUUCCCUCAUGCUGAUACAUAAUAGAUGAUGAGGGAGAAUUCUCCAGGAAAUAUAAAAUUUUGAAUUUUUAGAUUAAUUAAUUAAUUAAUCAAUUUUAUGUCUAACUUGUUUUCAUAGAUAAGGAUGUAUGAAUCAAUUCCUAAUUGAUUUUUCUUAAUUAGGUUAAUCAUACAAGGAAGUAUGUCAAUUCAAAAAGGUCACCCUAAAUAUAUAUAUAUUUUUUAAAAUUUGAUGAUUCAUUCUCUAAAGGAAAUUUAGUUGUUAAAUUUGGUUUACCUUAAGAAAAUAAUUAUAGAUGCUACUUUCUCACAUCUUUUCUUUUUCAAGUGGUUUCCUAGUUUGAAUGAUGCUUUCAACAAGAUUUUAUGAUAUAAUUUUAUUCAUCAUACCAAACUCCAUUUCCAAAAUUUGGAUUGGUUGUUCUAUACAUCAUCUCUACCAAGCAUGCUUUGCUUAUUAUUGUGGUAUUUUGCAUAAACCUCAGAAGUUAAGAUGAAUAUCACCUUUAUAGAAUAUUGGAUCCAAAUUUUGGAAAGGAAGAAAUACAUUUUGAUGCAUAAAAUUAUACCAUUAAUAAAAUCUUAUUAGAAGUAUUAGUCAAAUCAAUACGCACAUGGGAAAUGAAAGUGGAUGUGAGAAAUUAUUAUUCACAAUUAUUUUCUUAAUAUAAAUUAAAUUUAAAAAUUAUUUUUUUAAGGAGAAUAUAAUCAUUAGAGAUUUUUUUAAAAAUAUAUAUUUUUUAUAUUUAGAGCUUGAUAUUUUUUGAAUUGAUAUGUUUCCUUGUUUGAGUAACUUAAUUAAGAAAAAUUAAUUAAUAAUUAAUGUUUUACUUCCUUGAUUGGACAGAUAAGUAGGCAUGAAAUUGAUUAAAUGAUAAACUAAUUAAGAUAAGAAUUUCAAAUCUUUGAUUUCUUUUAGGGGAAUCUUCCCUCUUUUUUAAGAAUGUCAAAUAUCUCCCCUUGUUAUUUAUUUAUUGCUUGCCAACGGGAGGGAAUGAGAAGGGGAAGAUCAUCAUUUUGUUUAAAGGUAGACCAUCUACCUUUUCUUUAAUUGGUUAUUGUGAUCUAUAUUUUAGUUGUUAAUUUUUUUUAAAAAAAAUGGAUAUAAAGAGUCUUAUAUUUUAAAAAAUUAUGAUGUAUGAUAAUGUCAUUUUAACAAGUUAAAUUCUAAAUUAUGAUUAGUAAAUGAUAAUUAAUGAAUUUAAUUCUAAAUUAGGAUUAGUUUAAUUAUAAAAAUUUGGUCCAAGCCUUUCAGCCCAACCGAAUCCUAUUCAGCUCAAAUUUGAGCCAAGCCUAUGGUCCACAAGGGCCCAGUGCUUGCGCCACUUUGGUAGCUUGGCCUAUUGCCCUUGGGUUUGAUUGGUUCAGUUCACUUUAGGGUGAUUUCGAAUAAGUUCUGACCGCUUCAUAGCCUAAUUGGAUCUAUUUAAAUUUAAUUAGGUUGAUUUAAGGUGAUUCGAGGACAUUCUUAAGUGAAUUUGUUGUUAGUUCACUUGGAUUCUAGUUGAAACCAUUGUUGGUUCAUGUCAACCUUGGUUAUCCUUUUUUGAAGGAACAUGAAGUUUCAAGGUACAAGAACAAGGACUCAAUUACAAGUGCUGUUAAGUCUUAUAUCUUAUGUCAUUAUUGGAUUAAAAUCAUUUGGUUAUUUUAGCAAGGUGCAUAUCUCAAUUGGUUGAACAUUGGUCUCUAAUUAUACAAAUUAAUUAGGGUCAAUUCAUGUGCUGGGAGUCAAUCCACAUGCAACAAUAUUGCAUUCCAUGUGAACAAUGGUCAGUAGUCCACGACAAUCCACAUGGCAACAAUACCCCAUCACAAUCCCAAUGGUUAGUAGUCCACAGCCUUUCCAUCAUCACUGCAUGGCAGAAGAGGAGGAGAGGCACCAUCAACUUCUUCAACCACCACAAGGAUGAGAGCUCUGGGUUGCUGCUGGUGCUCAUCCCCUGCCUGGCAUUUCACCACUAGUUCAAGUUAGUUGAAUGGGAGGGGGUAAUAUAUUUCCACUCCAUCAAUCAUCUUAAAAUUGGAAAUUAUAGGAACAAAAGGAAAGAAAACUAGAAAAUGAAUAAGUUGGCUUACUUGUCACUUCCAUUAGAUAUCUUCUCUUCAGAGUUCAAUGUCAAGUGGAGGAGAUGCAUCAGAAGCCAAAACUAGGAUGGAAUGAGCCAACUUUGUGCCUGUUCAGAUGUGUUCUAUUUGAUACUAGUUCUACCCUUUUUUUUAUACCUCAAACGUGGAAUCAAGUUGGGAAAAGUAGUUUUCUCUUGAUACCUCUUAAGCUUUCUUUCUCUUCAUUAAUGAUACAGAAACAAAUUGAUCAGUAUUUGUAUGUUGGUGAAGAAAGUUAAAUAUGUUCUUGGGAUGAUUUGUAAUUGCAGGUGUUAACCCUGAUCGUGGUUCUGUGGAGCUCCUGUUAACUACUGAGGUGCUCUCUAGUCUCACUCUUUUGUUAUCCAAUCCAUAUUCACAACACUAUGAGAGGCCACGCCUUUUGUUCUUUGACCUGCACAUUGUUCCUCAUCUUCUGCUUUUACUGUCUCUUAUUUUCUUUUAACCCUUUUCUGAUUUAUUUAUUUAUGUUGAUUACUGCGAGAUGUCUAUCUGGCUCUCUUUCGAGAAUUGAUAAUGGGUUCUUUUUACUUUUCCCUAGUCCUAAGGAAGUCGAGAUAUUAGAAAUAUAGUUUGGAAUCUUGUUAACAUGAAAUUUUUGAAGGACUCUA